AUGCAAUUCUCGACUUCUCCCUCGUGUACCACAAACGACGCAGCAGGCGGCAGUACUCCUAGCCGCAAAGUCUACUAUGCUGCAGUGGUCGAUCCCUCUCCGGAACCGCUAUAUAUCAUGUCUCGCUCUGCGCUCCUAGGCAUCAUUCACAACCGCAGCAUCCCUCAAAUGCUUGACAACUCGUUUCCGGGAUUCGACUCGAUUCCGUCCUUCCACGUUGCGGCCACACGCAACACUGUGGAUCAACAGCCGGCUUCUCCGUGGCACUUCGGAAGUGAAGCCUUCAAUUACUCAUUUGCGAACGACCCUGCCCCGUGUGCCGCGUCGUCAACCUGCGAACUAGCAAUGCCCCUUAUUGCGGGGGGAUCCUAUAACAGCUCCCCUCAACUUUCCCCGGACCCUGAGCAAAUUGGUGGGGGCGCCGACAACAAUGGUUCCCGUCUUCUACCGUCUAUCCCAGCAUUCCUUGCCGCAGAGAAUUCAGAGACUUCCCUAACCGCUAUAUUCCCUCACGCCGACAGACCAACGGAGCACCGCGCCCCCGCUGACGUUUUCCCCCGGAAUCUCCAUACAACUCGGGCACCCCGAACACAGAGCGGCCGGAGUCGCACCGGUGCUUGCGAGUGCUGCUACCAGCUGGAGUGCGUGCCGCGCGAGCGCCCUCCCCGGGCACCCCGCCGCCUUGGUGGUCGCACUCCUACCGCAGGUCGCCCCCGCAACACUCUCGGUGGGAAUUUUAGCAUGGACACGGACGAAUAUGGAGGGCUAUGCGAUAGUCAGCCCCAGGCCAAACUGCGCAGGGUGGCUUCGGACACGAUUCCUGCCGCUCAUGACUGGGUCGAUCUCGAGUCCCAUGGGCGUCCCGCGUCGAUUUCAUCGCUACACCCUGCCGACGAUCCUACCUAUUUCGACUACGCCGCAUACUACGCGGAGGUCUUCGGUGGACGUGCUGAGCAGUCCUCAAAAGGAUGCCCCUGGCGUAUCCCGGGAUAG